AUGGUGGUCGNCACACAUGUCAGCAGCGUACACCUAUGGGUGAACCCUAGAGACAACAGACUCUUGUUUGAAGUAUUUGAUGAAAAUAGAAUCACAAGAGAUGACUUUCUUGGUGAAGUGGAAUUACCUUUGCUUGGUUUACCAACUGAAGGUCCUUCUGUUCAAAUCAGACCAAGAGAUUACAGUGUGAGACCAAGAAGUAGUAAAUCAAGAGUAAAAGGCUAUCUAAAGUUGCAGUUGUCAUUUCUUGCAUCAGGGGACAGUCUCGUGCCACAAUCAGAAACUCCUGCCACAGAUGCUACUACAGAUACUAACCUGAGACUGGUUGAAAACCAUUACCCAGUUCCUUCAUCAAAUGUAAUCAACUCAGUGCCUGACGCUGCCAACGCUGAGCUUCCAGUUCCUAGUGCUCCACCAUUAAGUGAUCACCCAUCACUUCCCUCCUUGUCUGAGCUAAUUCAGACACUCCCAGAUGUGGAGGAACCAAGUUCUCCUCCUUCAAGACCACAGGAACCUCUUCCCCAAGGCUGGGAAGAACGACAGGAUGCUAUCGGUAGAACAUUUUUUAUUGACCACGCAACCAGAACAACUUCAUGGGUUCGGCCAACUGGUAGAAGUGAAUCAUUCCAUCAGCGUGAGGUGCAACAAAAUGAUGCUCAACGAGAAAGGAAUUUUAGAAUACGGCGGCACCUUAGCGUUGACGAUACUGAACAGUCAUCGCAAAACACUGAAACAAACCAGGCACACCUGCCCUCAGAGGAGUUACUGCCUCCUGGCUGGGCCAUGCAGAGGGCUCCAAAUGGUAGAAUUUUCUACAUUGAUCACAACACUAGAAAAACCACAUGGCGUGAUCCUCGACUCCAUCACCAUCCAAGUGGAGGACCCUCAAUGUCUCCAGAAAUUGCCAGAUCAGCCGCACUUAGCCGAGACCUUGGACCCUUGCCUGACGGCUGGGAGGAAAGAGUUCACCAAGAUGGCAGAGUCUUCUACAUUGAUCAUAACACAAAGUCAACGCAAUGGGAAGACCCUCGAGUUCAGAUCAACAACAAACCAUCCCAGGCUGUGCCUUAUUCUCGAGAUUUUAAGCGAAAGUGUGAUUACUUCAGGUCGAAGCUGAAGAGACCAGUCAAUGUUCCUAACAAAUACGAAAUUCACGUGAGAAGGAAUAACUUAAUGUUGGAUUCGUACCGAGGUGUUUUUGUUACUGUCACUAACACGGAGCUUCUUAAAACAAGACUUUGGAUUGUUUUCGAUUCAGAGACUGGCUUAGAUUAUGGCGGACUUCAGAGAGAAUGGUUCUAUUUGCUGUCCAAGGAAGUGUUCAAUCCUUAUUACGGUCUGUUUGAAUACUCGGCAAGUGACAACUACACGCUCCAGAUUAACCCAAAUUCUGGCUUGUGUAACGAAGACCAUCUGCCCUACUUCAAGUUUAUUGGUCGGCUAGCUGGAAUGGCCGUAUACCAUGGAAAACUACUUGAUGCUUUUUUUAUUCGCCCAUUCUACAAAAUGAUGUUGGGUAAACCCAUCACGCUGAUUGAUAUGGAGAGUGUGGACUCAGAAUACUACAACAGUUUGAACUGGAUUCUGGAAAAUGAUCCAGAAGAUCUGGACUUGACUUUCAGCGUUGAUGAAGAACUGUUUGGACAGGUAACUGUGAAAGAUCUUAAGCCAGGUGGAUCAGAAAUCAAAGUCACCAAUGCAAACAAAAGAGAGUACAUCAACCUUGUAAUUAAGUGGAGAUUUGUAAGCCGCGUCGAGGACCAGAUGAAGAAAUUUAUGGAGGGCUUUGGGGAACUCAUACCACACAACUUGAUUCAAAUAUUCGACGAAAGGGAACUGGAGCUCCUCAUGUGUGGCUUGGGGGAGAUUGACAUCAAUGAUUGGCGUAGAAACACAAAUUACCGAGGGGAUUACGGCGAUAAACAUCACGUGAUCGUCUGGUUUUGGAAGGUAAAUAGUAACUACUCUAGUUGGCUUGAAAUAAAAGUUUGUUGUCUAUACUUACCGCUUCAGGUUAAUUAACCAUUUGCAAGGUUAAUAAGAGUAUUAAAAUACUUGCAGGGUAAAGAUGGGAUAUUUUAACUAGUUAUUUGUACAUGUUUUCCUUUCACUUUUAUGCAAGAGCUCCGUUCAGUUUUCUGUCGUUUCAAUUCAUUGCCUAGAAUUGUUUUCAAUGUCAAAAAAACAAAAUUUUGCGUGUCAUAGAAUCGGAUCUAGCCCUUAAAAAGAUCGUUAAGUGGCGCAUAGCAAACCACUGUUAAUCUUUACAGAUAAAACAGUUGCUGUUUACUCUGUUGUUGUAAAGACCAUGCGUCCAUAAGGAUAACAAUUAAACAACGUCAUCGCAGCUAGAAAAUGGCAUGUGUAAUCAGUUUGCAUAGGCCAUGUCUGUACUUUUUGGCUGAGCACUGACCUAAAAACUCGAAGUUUGCCAGAGGAUAUCAUUACUAAAGAGUUGACAAUCGUUCCAAGUGAAAACAGUGCAGUUUCUUUUACUGUAAGAUUUUUUUUUAUUUUGAUACUACUGGCUUACAAAC